ACUUGCUCUUUGCGCGAGGAUCAGAUAGCCAGAGAGGAGCCAGACGAGGAAGUAAAGGAGGAGGGACCAGUGCGGUGGUGUGUGUGUGUGUGUGUGUGUGUGUGUGUGUGUGUGUGUGUGUGUGUGUGUGUGUGUGUGUGUGUGUGUGUGUGUGUGUGUGUGUGUGUGUGUGUGUGUGUGGACGAAAGAGUUUAUACUGGAUUCUCCGGACGCCUCCAGCGCUGUGAAAUCGGAGGAUCUCUCCAGUUCUGCUUUUGUACCCAAAGCAGUAGGUCUAAUGCGCGCAAAAGGACGCAACACUCCAGUGCUGCUGUGUAUCUGCUCAGUUUUUUAACACGCUGUCGUUUAAAAAAAAAAAAAGGUUAGGCUACACACCUUUCCUGUCAAUGGUAGCAGCACAGGUAGGGAAGAGGAUCCCGGAAGAACCCGUAGUGCAGGUUGCCAGAUUGUUUGCAUAGCCUUUUUAUUCCAAAACUAGCGAGCGUCGAUGGACUUGUUUGCCUCAUUACAAAAAGUAGGCUAGUUAUUCUCUCUUAAAGUUAUUGAUUUGAACGUGAAUGAACGAAAAGAAGAAGAUGAAGGAGCUGAGGAAGAAAAAGCUGUUCGUGGUGGUGGACGUGCUGUGCGUUGCAGUUGCGGCGCUGCCCUUCAUCAUAAUGUCCAUUGUGUUCAAGCCAUAUCAGAGAGGGCUUUACUGUGACGACGAGAGCAUCAUGUACCCCCUAAAACCAGACACCAUCACCCAUGGCAUGCUGGCGGCUGUCACCAUCACCUGCACUGUCAUCAUUAUCUCCACUGGAGAGGCUUAUCUGGUCUACAGCAAGAGGGUUUACUCAAAUUCUGACUUCAACCAGUAUGUAGCUGCACUCUACAAGGUGGUGGGCACCUUCUUGUUUGGUGCAUCUGUUAGCCAGUCGCUCACCGACCUUGCCAAGUUCACCAUUGGCCGCCCGAGACCGAACUUCAUGGCCGUAUGUGUCCCUAAGGUCUGCACGGGAUACAUGCAGGUGAUCAACUGCACAGGCAAGCCUCAGGAUGUCACCGAGUCCAGAUUGUCCUUCUACUCGGGUCACUCGUCUUUUGGAAUGUACUGCAUGCUUUUCCUCGCACUUUACGUGCAGGCGAGACUGGUGGCUAAGUGGGCCCGACUUCUCCGGCCCACCAUCCAGUUCUUCCUGGUGGCCUUUGCGGUGUAUGUGGGUUACACCCGAGUCUCUGAUUACAAGCACCACUGGAGCGACGUGCUGGUGGGGCUGCUGCAGGGAGCGCUUGUUGCUGUACUUAAUGUGCACUUUGUGUCAGACUUCUUUAAGAAGCGUCCUCCUCGUUGCACUAGGCCAGACACAGCUGAUAGCGAAGAACCAGAGAGGAAACCCAGCGUGCAGAUUGUAGACUCCGAACACAGCAACCAUUUUAACUAUCACCGCAAUCCAGGCCCUGUGUGAUAGGGGCUGACGCUAGGGAACAGAGGCUGCAGCCUGCAGACCCAAAACCUGUGUGAUAGGGUCCAACUCUAGGGCUUCAACCUUGAUUGUGCAGUCAACAGCAUUCAGUGAAUUACCUAGGUCUUGACUCUAUCAGCUGCCUGCUACAGACUCCUGAUGCUAUGUGAGGAGUCCUAUGAGUGUGAGAUGUUAAGUUUUAAAGUGUCUACAUGAAUUCUGCAGCCAGCCCUUUUGUAUGUAUUUUUGAAAGAAGUAAAAGGUAGAGAUCAGGUCUAUAGCUUGCAGCCUCCAAGCCCCAUGCUCCCUGCCUCUGUGUCAACCACUCACACCCCACCUACUCCCCAACCACUGGACUGACUGAGGGGGCUGCAUCCCAUCGCCAGGUGCCUGAGCCCCCUCUCAAAGACACCAUGAUGAUCUCCUAUCUCCCGUAAGAGAGAGAGGAGCAUGUUGUUUUUAAGACACAAUUGUUGAUGUUGAAGUGUAUGUGCUUAAAGCUGCAUUAAGCGAAAGACUCCAAACCCACAGCAACAAAGCUAUAAUAUACUAAUGCCUUCUUAAGUGCCUGUGGCUUAUGUGUCAGCAGAUGUGAACAGCAGAAAUGCAGGAACAUGGGCAGCCAAAUCAGAGUCCUAUCCUUCCAACUGACAAAUGUAAGUCUGAUAUCCACUCCCUUUUAUGCCACCACUUCCUGAGAAAAAGAUGGAUAUCUUUGGCUUGAUACAUGCUCCACUUACUUUACUUAUCACUUGUUUAUUAGGUGCAAUAAACAUUUCUCAGGCCGUGUUUGAAGGAAACAGCUGCCCUCAGAUUUAUGUAAUGGAUAAGUGAGAGUAGUUUCACUUAUAUGGAUUGAUGAACUAAAACAGCCUGAAAACUGCAGAGAUGUGGGACGGGAAGAUCUGAAUUCUCAGUGGAAUUCGCAGUACAAUAGCAACUAUUCUACUUACCAGGAGUUCUUUGAUUUUAUGUUAAUAUCAAAUGUAUCGCUUAAUGUAGCUUUAACAAUUUUUGUAUGUUUUUGAUUUCUGUAUGUAAGGAGCCAAAUGUGUAGGCAGCGAUGAAAGAAAUGUAAGAACGAGAGGAAGAAAGACAAGAAUGUUUAUAAAUGUAGGUAAAGGCACAGUUUGUUGUAAGUGCACCUUAAAGAAGAGGCUCCACACUAGUAGAGCAUUGCAAAUCAUAACAAAUUAUUUUAACGGUAAGUCCACUUACCAUUUUCUCCAUGUUUCAUGUCAUCCUGUUGGCAAAAAGGCUCACAAAUGAAUGUCAGCUGCAGGCCACCACAAAGCUGCUUUGAAAGGCGAUCUAUAUUGAAAAUCUUAGGUCAGAUGUAAUUCUAAGAUCUGACAUUAGUUGACGAUGCGUUUCUGCCAGCUCCCCUCACAAACAGAUCUGGGUGUCUACUCCGACAAACAAUGUAACCCUUUUAAAAGUGACUAUACAGGCUUGUUGUCCCCGAUGACUCACUACAUUGAUCAACUCUGCUUCACUAGUAUGAGUGGAUUUCUACUCCCAGAAAUUAUUCUUAGUAUCAUGUUGUAUCAUUGCCCAAGUGUGUCCAGAUAAGUGCCUGACUUGUCGCAUCAUCUCUUCAGUGCCAAUUAGUCUGAAUCUGAACUAAGGAAAGGAGAUCAUAUACUGAGUCUUAAGGCCCUGACACACCAAGGAGAUCGUCAAUCCAAGUUGGGCCGACGGUGAGCGUCAGUCGCCCCUAGUUUUUGCGUUAGGCCAUGUGUCGGCUUUCGUCUGCCUUUUUUUGGCCAAUCAGUGCCCGUUUCGGCGUUGGCGCAAGAAAUUCAUCUGGUUGGCUAUUCAGCUCAAGUGAAUUAGUACACGAGAAGAAAAAAUGUAGUAGAGGAAAGCAAACAAAUAACUGAGAGUGCACACAGAAGGCUCUUCUAAUUUUUCAUCUUCAUCUCAUCUGAUCAAUCCAAUACACUUAGAGCUGUCAAAACUGCCCAAAAGUAUGUUUGAAUGUUCUUUUUUUUUUUUUUUUUAAACGCAUAGGUUUGAACUAUUGGAAUGCACAUUAUGUCCAUAAGAUGGCGGUUUCUCUUUUUGAAUGAUGAAUAGAUUACUGCCACCUGCUGGCAUGGAGAGUUAUUUCCUCUCACGCAGGCGCAGACUGUACAUGGCAUUUGGUCAGCUGUCUUUGCGGUGUGUUCAAGUGCAAUUCCUUUGGCCAAGAAUAGGCGACGUCAGGCGACACCACAGUUGGCCUUCACCGCCACUAGUUCUUGGCCAUCUGCUUGGUGUGUCAGGGCCUUAAAGGUUAAGGGCAGAUUUUAUGUCCAGACUGAGUCAGAUUCACCUUUUAACAGUGGUGAUGCUUUUCUAAAUAUGUAUACAUUUAAUUGUGGAGCUUGUGAAUGAAAUAUGUUUCCCCUGUGUGAAAUGGACUGCAGAGGUCGAAACCAUUGAUACAGAUAGCUUUCAUUUCUGUUGGACUUAUGUGCUAUACCACUACUUUAUUGCCAAUCAAAUAUUAAGCAAUUUGCCCUCUAUCUUAUUAUCUUAUUUCUGUUUUAUUGUGUUUUUUUUAUUUCUAAAAUAAUAAUAAUUAAAGAAGGAUGAGACAACCAUUUUGAAAAUGGUGUUUAAUUUAUUUUAAAUAAAAGAAGUUCUUUAUUUACUCUUACAAGGUUGGAAAUGCCAGCGCUGUUUUUGUGCAAUCACCCCUGCUUGCCACUAUGAGCCACAAAUACUGUAUAUACUAAUGCUAUGAGACAUGUUUCAUGUUGCGUAUAUAUAUGCUUGUAUGUUUUUAUUUCACAUGUAGUUGCGUUUUUAAUUUCACCUGUACAGUGUGCUUUGGCCCGUGCCUUCUCAGACUGGUGGCUGGAGAAGUUUGCCACACAAACGGAUCCAAUUCCAGGUCCAAACAUAAGCCAGAUGCUUUGGCAGGGCUUUUAAAGGGCUGUUGUAAUGAUAAAGGGUUACAUACCCAACUGUGUUUUUGAAGCUAGUAACACUGCUCCGUUCCCACUUCAAAGAUUCGUCUGUGUUCCUCUUCCCAUUCCUGUGUUGAUAAAUGAGGUUAAUUUGGGAAUAAGGUCUCCUGUACAGUUUGUGUACAGCAUGCAGACCCCUGCAGGACUGACAGCAGAUCUGAGAGACCACAAAGCUGAUAAGGGGGGGGGGGGACAGGAAGACAGAGAGAAUCUCACCUGGUAGUGAUUGUAAGGCCCCAAAGCUGAGCUGAGACUAGAGAAAGGCAGGGUACUUUAGGGGGUGGGGGUGGGGUAUCCCAUGGGGAACCUUGGUCCCUGAGGACUUCUACACAUUUAAAACAGAUUUACAACAAGAAACAGCUGGAACUAGUUGCAAUGAAGUGCUGUGCGAGCCCCCACCCCUGCUCCCCUAAAUCUAAAUCAUCAGAGUGUAUUACUGCAGCCAGACUAAUAGCCCAAAUGAGGAUGAGGAUGUAGAAAUGGCAUGGUGUUUGAUGCCUCUCUAGCUUCAUGAAAAACCAAGGUUCUCAGCUGUUCAUGUGGCUCCAUGUGUUAUUAUGCUUUAUUGGAUCAGUGCCUUAAAGUAGGCACUGGUUGGCCAAUCUCUUGUUUAUAUGUCCAUUUGUAGGUAUGAUUCACAUUGUUUGCUUUUUGUGCAAAGAUCUAUAUGCUUUAAACCAGAGAAUUUUAAAUAAAGGUAUAAUCCACAUUCA